UAAAACGGGGUCUCUCGUGUACGAAUACGAUGGUAAAGUGUCUGCUCGUCAUGUAUAGCUUUGCAAUACUGGGCUAAGAUUCAAGAAUGCGAGUACACCUUCGAUUGAAUAGUUAAUAAUGUUUGAUGGCAGCCAUUUAAACGUCUUUGUGUCCGACGUAUGAUCUUGGCAUAGAAUCACCAGUUGUUGUCAUCUUGGAAUGGACUUGCGCAUGAAGGUGGUGGAGUCCCUGAUGUUAUGACUUUUGAGCAACUCACUUCCAGUUACUUCCGGUUGUCCAGUUCAUCUUCAAAACUAUCCUCCAACAGGCAACCAGUUAUUGUAUGAAUUUACUUGAUGACACAACAUCAUCACUCAACAUCACUGAAGCCAGAUGAAUAUGAUGGUACUUUCAGGCCUCGGACAUCUGUAGGUUUUUGAUACACCUAUACAAGAUUCUUCUAGUGCCUCUUGAAACAUAAUUAAUAUUCUCCUCAGUGUCUUUGUCACAAGAUGAGGGUCACAUCAACUAUUAAUGUGACGAUUAAGGAUGCGGUUGUAGGUCUUCUACUAUUCACCACAACAACUGUAUGCUUAAUCACUCUAUGGAUGAUGUUUCAUGAGUCGGCAAGGUACAUAGAACAGCCGUUUGGUGCCAAGGCGUCUCAUCGGCAGAGCGGCCUUAGUUACUUGAAGAACAUUACGAAGCAAGUGGAGAUCAAACAAAAGAGUAAGCAUCGGAUAAUUGAUCCACCUGUUAAUAUCACUAACAAGUUGAAGAAUGAAGGACCUCUUCAGUUGGAAAACAAGGAAUUUGAUUUUGACAAAAGAAACAAAGACACACCACGAUAUAUGCAUGAGGAGGAGUAUGCAUUACGAUUUGUGAGCAAAUUAACAAGUUACGCCAAAAGCAGUUACAGAAUUGAAGGGAAUCUGAGUAGCUUGAAUCUUGGUGAUGACUUGCACGUGACUAUCCAGGCUAGAGAUAGUAUGGGAAGGGAUCGCGAGGAAGGAGGUGACUUCUGGUUUGUUACCCUAGCAACCAAAUAUAAUCACUCUGGAGCAGCAGGCCGGGUCAUAGACUACGACAAUGGAACCUACACUGUGUACUUUAAGAUCGGAUGGCCAGGUGUCUUGGAUCUUGACGUCACUCUGGUUCACCCAAGCCAAGUCGCUACGGUACUGACUAAUAUUAUCUGGAAGGAGCGUGACCGCGUGGAGUGGACAGCGCAGUUUGAAUCACCCGCUUCUCUCGUGACCAAUCACAAGUGUGUGCUUAGACGUCAAUACGUGCCGCUUGUUAGAGAGUGCACUGUAGCUUACCCAAAGGCAAUUGGACAAACUUUACUGGUCUGUGAUCAACCGGCUGGUGGGGCGGCCUGUGACGGACUGAGCUCCAUGUACAUUAACAGGACUGUCACUGAACAGAGAGUUCAACACAUUACACGCAACUACUUUAAUGUCUUUGCAGGGGACCAUUUCAAAAGACGACUUCUAAAAGGUCCAAGAAAACUUUUAGUGAAAGAUUCUCCGUACAAUCACAAGAAGCUGAUGGAGAUUCACCAACAUCUUCCUGCCUGUCAACCAGAUCUUCCAAAACCACCUCUCAGCCUUGGCUACUGGCGGUCCGACGUAUGGUACUCUCUGGCCUUCAGGACUAAGACGGUCUGGGCAAAACCAAACGAAGUUGGAGAAUGUUUAAGAGGAAAAGAUGUAUACUUCCUUGGUGAUUCAACAAUUCGGCAGUGGCUGGAAGUCCUGUCAGAUAUGAUGGGUGUUCCUUUCAAGAGACAAAACCCAGGGGAAAAGGACAAUAUUUACCGGAGUUUCGACUCCUUCAACACUUCAAUGGCCUACCGAUCACAUCCAUUAUUUAUAACUUCUAAGAUAGAAGGAAAACUCACCAAAAAAUUAGCCUUCGAGAUUGAUGUUUUAGACAGUUUGCAAAGUACAGAGUGUAACUAUGUCGUAGUGAUCAGCUCAUGGGUGCAUUUUACCCAAUGGACCCGUAAUAGUUACGUCGAACGAGUUGGUCUCCUACGCGAUGCCGUCUUAAAGUUAAUAUCGAGGUGCCCGGACGUUAAAAUCAUUGUGACGGGUCCACAUCCACGUGAGCAACCCAGUAAAGAAUCACGGAUCUAUAAUAAUGACUUAAUUGCUCAGCGACUUGGAGAUAUUCUUGAGAAUACUUUCAGUCAGAUAGGGGUUUUAUAUCUCGAUGUUUGGGACUUAAACCUUGCUUAUCCGUCAAGUAACAACAUUAACAUGCCAAGGGCUGUAGUGCAAGGAGAAGUUAGUAUGUUUUUAUCGUAUGUCUGUAGGGGCAAAUCAGACAAAACAUAAGUAAUGUCGGGCUUGUAAACUAUUGAUUUAGAAUACUUUAAGGCAUCUUUGGUUUCACCACCAUCGCAAAAGAAUGGGUGGACAAAAACAUGCUUGGUUAAUACAACAGUUUAAACAUUUUAAAAAAUUAAAACUUUUAAAACCGUUGAAUGGUUCUUCAUUGCUGCACAGAAUACAUUACCUUAAACAAAUUCUUAGAAAUUAAUAGACACCAACUUGCAUUUAAACACAAGGGAUUUCCUAUAUACACGAUCACUUUCGAUAACGAAAAAACACAUGUAAUGCUCGCUGUGUAUUGCUAAUUUAAAAGCUGGUCAAAGUAGCCACUUUUCCGUUCUAUUCACAUGGGACGCGUUGCGAAGUGCUUUCUGUGCAAGAAAGAAGCUCUUUUCCCUGUCGGGGUCUUAAGAAAGUGCAAUCUCUGUGCGGUGUAAAGGAUCUUGGUUAUUUUGUUAGAUAACAGAAUGUAAAUACCCGUAAAAGCAAUUCAGAUAAUGCUAAAUGCUAUUCACAAAGAAAUGUACGCUCUGCUACAAACUUGUUAGCAUACGAUGUAACAUUAAUUAUAGCUUUGCAACAAAAAUGUGAAGAAGGGACACAUGGUAUGUAUAAAGGUCACCUGUAAUUAACCAUUAUCUGUUUUGGCAUAGCCUGCUAAAAACCUUUUAGUAUAAAAUGUUACAUUUUAGCCUGGCAUCAAAAAUAUCUUAUAAGGAACACAUGGUUUGUUUAUGGCCAUUGUAAUUAACCAUUAUGUGACUGUUUGAAUAGCCUGCUGAAAACCCUUUAGCACAAGAUGUUUCAAUUAAACCAACAUGAUUAUUCUUUA